AUGUCGUCAACAUCGAGGUGUUCGUGGCUGCGGCUGCCCCGCCCCAAGGCCUGCCUCGGAUUCAUGUCCCUCCAGACGGGCACCGAGCUAAUCUCGACCGCGCUCAUCUUCAACAAAGCGACGGGCCUGUACGGCCUGCUCACGCUCUUCACGGGCUACUCGCUGUCGGCGCUGCAAGUAACCGCCUACCUCGGCUCGAUCCUCGUGCUCGCCGCGCUGGCCAUCUGCCUGCCACACGUGCGGCGGCAGAGCCCGCUGCCCAACCUCGCGCUCGCGUGGGUAUACGCGGUGGACACGCUGGUCAGCGCGGCGUACACGGCGGCGUUCGCGACGACCUGGUACCUGGCGGCGUUUCACGACACCAAGGGCCCCGCGGGCGCCGAGGACGACGCCGCGACGUCGCCGAGCAACGGCGACGUGCAGCACGACGAAGGCCAGCAGGCGCAGGUCCAGGCCGGUACCGGCGUCCACGACACCGCCGCCAGCAUGGUCCUCAUCGUCGCGUUUACGCUCAUUCGGUUCUACUUCAGCCUGGUCGUCAUGGCCUACGCCCGCACGGUGCUGCUACGGUUUGUGCGUGAGAGUAUGCCCGAGUCGGAGGAGGUUGCUGGCGUGUCGCCGGACCCGUUUGCCGUGGGCGCGCCGCUUGGCGAGGGGUGGAGGGGCAAGCUGGGUAGGGCGAUGGUCUGCAUUGGGAGGGGGUAUUGGCUGGGUGGCAAGAAGGAGGACGAGGAAUGGGCGCGGCAGGUCAAUUCCAAGUUCAGGAGCACCCGAGAGUAG